AUGAACGUGGUAGUUAUUGCAAAGGCUGGCCAGAACUUUCGCCAGCUGGCCUGUAUUCGGAGUCGAAGUGAGCAUGAACUCCGAUUUGCGACACGCUUUCAAUAUGAAGAAUGGGCUGCAAAAACCAAUCGUCUCGAUAAUCCGUUUCCUUUUAUUCUUACUUGCCUCGUCCUAGGAUUUACAUUUGUGCCUUCCAUUGGUUAUGAUGCCGCCAACAAUACAAUUUCAAAGAGAAGAUUUGAUAAUGAGCUGGAGAUAAAGCAACCUCAUCUCGUUUUUGAUAUCACAGAUCUAAAGCAAAUUCGGUAUUGCUUCUUACUUAUGGGAUCUUUCGCAUGGAGAUUCUUAGACCAGCAGAAUACACCGCGCAUGACGCCUCUAUCCGCAAGUGUCUUCUUCACCGGAGGACAUCAUGCUCGAAAAGGCGUAGAGGCGACACUUUAUCAGAAUUACGAUCCAUUUCUUGACGAGAUAGAAGUUGUUGACGCCUACACACUGAAUGCUGUUUGGCCGGAGGUAGAGUGGAUGGUACUCGUUGGACAAGUUUAUGAUCUCGUAUCAAACCACCCCCAAGCGAACCAAUACCAAUCUCCUGCUCCAGUUGCCAGACCACUUUCAUUACAGAGUCAAGCUUUGACAAAGUUCUUCAACACCAUAUCUCUAGGACGACUUGCGGACUUUCCACGAGCCUUGAAACGCGUGUCGCAGCUAUACUACUUCUCCUCGGCAGCAAUCUCUAUGGCUCGCGCACAUCCUCCAUGUUUAGUGUUUCCUAUUUCAAGGGAGAUUUUGGGUAAGGCGUUGGAAAACAUGUCUGAAAUAGACCUAAGUCCCUUUUACGAUCUAACUCCAAAGCGACUUCUACAUGUGCUAGAAAAAGUAAUGCGUUCAAAGAACCGACUACAUGUUACAUCGUUAAGUCUGUCCGGCAAUAGAUUAAUUGAUUAUAAAGUUCUAACUACGAUUCUCAACGCCUUUCCCAACCUCAAAGCCCUCCAUCUUCUUGAUACCCCAAGAAUAACAUUCGCUAAGAAGAUGGAACUCCUUCGAGAAACAAAAGUAUCGGAGUAUCAUGACUCGGAAUUAUAUUCUCUGCCAUUCAUGUCAACCAUUGAUAGCUCUCGAUAUGAUGGUGUCAAAUACCCGCACUUUUUGGUUACCCAAGUUAUUUACGUCAUACGCCGUAGCCCGGAGACAUCACAUCUCGAGGAGGCAUACAAAGCAGGCUUGUAUGGCUUGAAUCUCCAAGAGGUUAACCUAACACUCCCAUCUAUGGUUAACGGACUUGCAAAUUUUAUUCGAGUUACAUCUAUGCCAGGUACGAAUCGAAAACACAUGUCACACGGUAUGCGCAUUCUGGCCAAAUCCAUGGCAAUGUCGGAAAUAGACGGCGAGAUGAAGAUUGCGCCGAUAUCCAAUGCUCUGUUUGAAUUCAACUUAACAAGCGAGGAUGAAGGUGACAAGGCGGAGGAGCGGACGAAGAAUCAUCGUCAAACUCCUAGACUAUUGAACGUAGGUAAAUGGAACUUGAUGGUCAUUUGCCAAUCGUAUAAGCCGGAUUUAACAGCAGUCGAAGAAAAGUUCCACCAAAAAUAUGCAUUUAUUAGGGCGGAAUCUUACGCCGAAACUUACCCCAACACAAACCGCGGUAAGAAGCGUAAAGCUUCAGUCGCGUUUGAAGAGGAAAAAGAACCAAGACUGGCAGUGGCUGAUAUUGACGAGUUUCUCCAAAUGGCUGCUAUAGGCGAGGAAAAGAAGACGAUGAUGCAGCAAGCUCGAGCUAGCUGGGAGAAAUGCACUGGUUCAUUGGACCUGCAGAUGUGUAGCAAGGCGGAAGUAAUGGAAGUCGUAAAGGAGGCCAAGCUCUAUGUCAUGAUGCAAGAUGAAGAAGGCAAGUUGAGCUUGAGAGUCUUCGAGUAG